CUGUGGCUGCUGAAGUGAAUGAGGACAAAACAAACAUUUAUAGUGAGGUGGAAGAAGUGGUUGACAUGGCAGAUUUGCCCUUGUAUCUGACUAAUGCCAACGUUUCAUUGGGACAAACUACUGAAACUGAAAAGAAUCUAGGAAUGGUGACCGACUUCGAGAGUGUGGAGAUCGGGGAGCCCGUGGGCCGACGGGGGAAGGUCCCACGCAGGACCAUCCACUUCGCCAGUGGAGAGACCAUGGAGGAGUACAGCACGGAGGAAGAGGAGGAGGAGGAGGAAGAGGAAUCCCACAAGAAAGAUGUCAUCCCAGUUGAUCCGUCCGCACUUACCUGGGGUCCUUACUUCUGGUUCCAGACGUGGAGAAUGGCCACCUCCACCAUCUCAGUGUGUGACUACAUGGGAGAAAGGCUGGCCUCUCUAUUUGGCAUCACCACUCCGAAGUACCAGUAUGCUAUUGAUGAGUACUAUCGCAUAAAGAAGGAGGAGGAAGAGGAGGAGGAAGAGAACCGCAUGGCUGAGCAGGCGGAGCUUCAGUUUGCAGCCAAGCGGAGAAGCGAGCAGGAUAAUCCUGCAGCUUCUUAUCCUGCUACGGUGGAGCAGCCAGAGGCGUCUGCUGCCUUUGUAAACAUUAGCUUUGAGCUCAAGCCCGAGCCGCUGCUCACCAAUCCAGAAACCAACAGAGUCCCUUCUCCCCUGCCCUCCUGAAAACACCCGCAGCCACAGUCACACAUUCAUUCAGAUAUGCCAGUUAGCAAAAUCUACAGUGUACGUUAUAUCAUAAUCCAAAUGAGAAAACGUUGGGAUGGUAUGGAAAAUGCAGUUUUGAAAGUAGGGAAAAAAACUUGCAGAUACGAUGAACUCUAGAUAUUUCUUUCUUCCUUGUUGUUUUUUUUUUUAACCUAAUUUCAUGUCUUAAUAUAUAAUCUCUGCAUUUCAGGCCUGAAAUGCUGGAAAUUAAGAAAAGGUGGUAUGAAGUUGGUAUCAACAAAUGCACAGGAAAAUAAUUUUUUAAUUUAAUUUUGUUUUUUAACUUUGCAACAAGCAAAGUCAAAACUACAUUUUGCAGCCAUUUUUGCUUUUUCCAUAUCAUUUCGACCUUUUCUCGACUUGGGGGUGUAUUUUUCUAUGCUUUUCAUUUAAAAGAUUAUUUUAGUUGGUACACAGUGCAGGGACGAUGAAAAUUGGAAUUAGUGGAAUUAGCUGCACACGCCUUAACUGCGAAUGUAUAUUUCUUUCUAUUUUGUAAUCUAUGCAAAUUAGCAGAAUAAUUUACCUGUUACUUUAGACUCGUGCACAAGAGUGCUGAAAUAAAGAUGGAAAUUUCUGUUUUUUUUU